CAGACAGUGAACUUGAGUUCGAGUCCUGGCUCUCCAGCUGUUCACACUUGUCGGGUUUUUUAAUAAACCUCAUCCUUUAAGUGUUUUCAUCUGUGAAAUGAGAAGGCAAUUCCCACUCAAGGCCUGAACUGACAGAUGCGUAUGGAGUAGGACAUUCGUCAUGAAGGUGGUGACCAGCAGGACAGACAUCCUUUGUUUUCAUUGGUCAACAGAGAUAAUCCUCUGGUUUUGAGACAGGGUCUCUCCAUGUAGCCCAGGCUGGGGUCCUGUGAUCCCUCCUGAGAACUGGAACUGUUGGCAUGUACUACCAGCCCAGGCAGAAGAUGGUAGAGAUAAGGUCUCCAGAACUGGAUAGCUACUCCAGACUUAGGCCAAACAUCAGAACACCCUAGAAGGCUUAACUAAAAGAAUGCUCAUGUUUGACCCAGUCCCUGUCAAGCAGGAGGCCAUGGACCCUGUCUCUGUGUCCUACCCGUCGAAUUACAUAGAAUCGAUGAAGCCCAACAAAUAUGGGGUCAUUUACUCCACACCGAUACCUGACAAGUUCUUCCAGACCCCAGAAGGCCUUACUCACGGGAUACAAAUGGAGCCGGUGGACCUCACUGUGAACAAGCGGGGCUCGCCACCCUCUGCUGGCAGCUCUCCCUCCUCCCUCAAGUUCCCAUCGCACCGGAGAGCAUCCCCUGUUCUGAGCAUGCCGCCCUCCAGCCCGCCAAUUAAGAAGUACUCGCCCCCUUCCCCUGGCGUGCAACCCUUCGGUGUACCACUGUCCAUGCCACCAGUGAUGGCAGCUGCACUGUCCAGACACGGAAUCCGGAGCCCUGGCAUCCUCCCUGUCAUCCAGCCCGUCGUGGUGCAGCCCGUCCCUUUUAUGUACACCAGCCACCUCCAGCAGCCACUCAUGGUCUUGUCAGAAGACAUGGACAAUUCAAACGGUAGCAUGCAAGUACCUGUAAUUGAAUCAUAUGAGAAGCCCAUGUUACAGAAAAAAAUUAAAAUAGAACCUGGAAUUGAACCACAGAGGACAGACUAUUACCCUGAAGAAAUGUCACCCCCUUUAAUGAACUCAGUGUCCCCCCCGCAAGCCUUGUUGCAAGAGAACCACCCUUCGGUCAUAGUGCAGCCUGGGAAGAGGCCUCUGCCUGUGGAGUCCCCGGAUACCCAAAGGAAGCGGAGGAUACACAGGUGUGACUAUGAAGGAUGCAACAAGGUCUACACUAAGAGCUCGCACUUGAAAGCACACAGAAGAACACAUACAGGAGAAAAGCCCUACAAAUGCACCUGGGAAGGAUGCACAUGGAAAUUUGCUCGGUCAGAUGAACUAACAAGACAUUUCCGAAAACAUACUGGAAUCAAGCCUUUCCAGUGUCCGGACUGUGACCGAAGCUUCUCUCGCUCCGACCACCUUGCCCUACAUAGGAAACGCCACAUGCUAGUCUGAAAGCCUGUCUCCACUCCCUCUUCCUGGCACUCUGUCUCUGUCUCUGUUCCUCUCCUCCUGCCCAUUAUCUAACUCAUUUUUAUAUGUACAUUUUAAUUUCGAUUCAGCUGGUCUGAAUCUCUGAAUUUAUAUCAUUCAAGACUUCCAUAUGGUCAGUAGUUGAUUCUCUAACCCUCCCUUUCCUUACCACGGGUCAGACCUAAAGAAUGUGAACAUUUUUUUUUCCGGGGAUGCUAAGCAAACCCUCCUUUAUUACAGAUGCGUUUAAUGUAAUGAGAACAAGGGAACAUGUAAACUAACGACCAAUUUGUCGGUUUCUCCACGUAUUUCUCAAAAGAAUGUCAGAGUAAAUAUAUCAGAAAUGCAGUAUCCAGCCUGCUAGUCCUUGCCAGAGAGACCUGUAUACCUCCGCCACAUUUUGUGUUUGACAACGAAAAGAAUGCGGUUCCUUUCACCAGUUAGCAAGAUCCACAGAGAUGUCAAGCUGGUCCUGUCCCCUCUGCCAUUGCCUUCCCACUUGCUUGUUGGCCUGGAUUACUAACUCCGCUGAAUCAACUUCUUGGUCCUCUGUGGCGCCCGAAGCUCACGUGGAUGCUUUGACCCCAUAGGAGCUCAGCUGGAGCUUCAGCCGCAGGGGAGUCAUAUGCUCCCACAGUUCGGAAAAAAGCCGAAGACCCUAGGAGUGGAGGAGGACAUCGGCGAUUCCUGGCUAGAAUUGUCCGGGCCAUUAACAUUAGUUGUGCAGUGCAUCUGUUAAAUGCCCAUCCCCAGGCCUAACUCAACUCAGCAGACCCUUGCUGCAAAGCUGGGUACCCAUUGGGUUAUUGGUGCCUCUGCCUCCAUCACUGCAGAAUCCUUCAUUGUGGAUCACAAAGCCUUGAGAGUAAGGAAUCCACAGAAAUAUUUGCCCGGUAAUGUACAAUCAAACAAAAACUUCUGAGACAGUACCAGAUAAUCUCUUCCUACCCCCAACCAGCUAAGAGUGUUUUUGCAAACAGGAAAACAUUGAGUGGUACUUAUAGUCCCAUAUCCAAUUAGUCACAUAGCUGUCCUAUGGGGCUUUUUUGUGUGAGUUGUAAUGGUGCCAAACCAGCUGUCAUAUGUGUCCAUGACACAUAGCAUAAAUGAGCGUCCACUAAGCUUGAGGGAAGUCAUCGAAUUAAGACCUAAGUGACACUAUUUGUAAAUAUACCUAGUGUGAAGCACAUAGAUCUUUAUUUUGGUGACAGAUUUUUGAAAAAUAGAGAAAACCACAAUUCAGGGAUUUAUAUAUGUAGCUUGAAGAUUCCCACAAGUUUCUGCCGGAGCUAGCAAGUUCCUGUCGCUACUAUGUAUCCUGUUAAGACAAACUAAAAACAAUGACUCGUGUUGAUGUUAAAGAUGAAUAGCACCAUUAUUGGGGGGGGGGCACUUUUUUUGUUAUUUCGGGUUUUGGGUUUUUUUUUUCUUUUUUUGUUUUCAAAAGCAGGCUUUUGAACACCAUAAUCCAAACACCAAUGAAAACAAUCCACACGUAGAAAUGCCAUUGGUUAUAAAUUUGAAGAAAAUGGGCACAGUGGUCACACAGAAAUGCCAUUGGCUAUAAAUUUGAAGAAAAUGGGCACAAUGGUCAGAUGGUUGCAUAUGACCGACAACCCUUUCAUCCCCACAAAGGAUGAAGGAGAAGAGAGGAGAGAAUCCUGGAAACUCAUCCCAGCCACAACUCAGGAUCCAACACAACUGGGAGGAACAUGCUACUUGAUUGUUCUUGAGCGUCGGUGAAUCAGCGAUGCUGGCGGCCUGCACUUCGCAGGGAGCUCGCUUUGAUGGCACUAUGUCGGGAGUUGUGGAGACUGCAUGCAGGAGGUCCUGCUCAGUGCUGUGAGCCAGCUGAAGGGAAAAUGAGUGAAAACUGUAAAGAAAUGUUAUCUUGGCACUUGGGUUCCUUUUCGUUCCUUUUUUAGAGCUGCAAAAAAGAAAAUUAUUCAGGUUAUUAAAGCAUGCUAAUUAGGGUCUUGCUUCGCUCUUGUUUGCAACUAUGGCAUGAAUCGAGGAGUGGAAUGUCUCUUGGAAAAGCAGGGUCUCUAUUGUCAGUGUUGAGUUACGCUCAUGCCAAAACCAUGUCUUGAAGUGGUUCUUCUGCGUCUCACUGAAGAAUCCUGUCUGUUUUUGUUGUUUCAGUUUGUGUGUUUCAACCCAAUGAGAAGGGGAAAGGGUGCAAGGAAGGACAGAAUUAGCUUUGCUUCUGCUUUGCGCCGUUAAUAGCUUCAUGACGUAUUUCAAUUUUUUUUCAAAAGUCUAUCACGUUACUCUAGCUUGCUUAGAUCAUGUUAACAGUUCCAUUAGACCCAUUUUAACUCUGAAAGGAAAGUAACCCAGAGAACCUAUUCUCUGUUUCCAUACUUUGUUCAUUGGCCCUUAUCAAAUUUUCUUUAUAUGUAUAUGUAUUUGUAUUUUACUAUGAUAGUUGAGUAAUUUAGUCUCUUAGCCCUUUUAGCUGUUUUGUGGAAGAUGCACGAUUAGAUGCCUUGGAAACGCGAUUUUUGAUGACAUGCUAUCUGACUGUCAGCGGUGGUUCAAUCACAGUGUUUUAAAUUGAUGAGAACAGGCUAUAAACAUGAAGUGAGCACCGUGUAAAUUGUUACAGAGUUCACUCGAUUACUGCUAAAGUCUCAUCCUGGGGAAGUUAAAAUUAAAUCAGAAUCUUGUGUUUUCCAGUGGGAGUGUACAUCAUUAAAUGGGCAUUUAGCAGUCUAAAGUCACUUGGUUUGGAGACUGUGGCACAGCUUUGUUUAACUAAGAAGAUGUUAAAUAUGCAGAUGUUUCAAGAGCCUUGGAACAGAAAGAACUACAGGGGAAUGAUAUAUGUAUAUGUAUUUUGUAUUAAACACCCACCUGCACUAUCAGUAUUGCACUAAUGUGGAAUUUGAGAGACUUGCUGAUACUGUAAUCUGCACACCAUUCUUUAGAUUGUUAUAAAGACAAUCUCAGAGAUCAGAGGUUUUAAAGUAAUUUGGUUUGAAAAUAGAAUUGUCUUGAAGGAAUUGCUAACGUACAUGAAGUCACUUGAGUUUUUCUUUAUUCUCUUCUUGGUCAAGGUUAACAGUUUCUAAAUGAUUGCAAAUUCACUUAAGUAAUACAUUUACAAAGCCAUUUUACAUGCAUUAAACGAGGGCUACAACAUGUUUUACAAAUACUAGCACUUUUUUUUCCUGUUAUGUACUUAGUGUUAGAGGGUCAGAAUAACCUUUCUGCUUAGCAUCUCUUAAACCCUACCUGCAAGCAUAGCAGGGUUGUUGCAUUUACAGUACUUUAAUACUUGUAUAAACUAUGCAGAAAUUUUUAAUAAAGUGUAAUAUAUUUUAUAAGCUAAUAAGACUGAAUGGGUAAAGGUUUUUAGCAUGCAUUAGUAUACUUGCAAAUACUGAAACAUUUUGGUAAUCUUUCUUACUAAAGAUGUGAAUGUUUAAAUGUACCUUCUCUGUUUCUACCCUGUAGUCCAAUGGGAAUUCAGUAAUGACAUUUUGUCAUGUCAAACUGUGAACAUAAAUUUGUACUGUACAGUCCUCAUAUACUAUAUACAGUAUGCAAUAUAUGUAUUAUAUACUUGUUAAUAAAACCAUCUGAAUAUUA